CCUCUGAGGGGGAAAGAGGGAAACGGGGAAGGAGAGCAGCAGGGCGGCAGUUCAGCAUCAGUCACUUUCGAGCAGCUUUGAGUGAGCAAGAGGAGGCGGGAGAUGAACGGCAGCCUCUCUGCUGAACUCUCACAGGGCUGACUGGCCAUCACGAGCUGAUUUAUUAUAUUCUCACAAUUCUCCAACAUGAGCUCCUCAUCAUCCAACCUGCACAACAAACGCCUACCCUCGGAGACCGAGCGAGGCCAAAGGCUCCCUGAUGUGGACGCAGCGCAGCAGCUCAAGCUGAGAGAGAGACAGCGUUUUUUUGAGGAGGUCUUCCAGCAUGACGUGGACGUCUACCUGUCCUCGGCACACCUUUGUAUCAGAGACUACAAGAGACCCCCCAUUGGCAGCAUCUCAUCAAUGGAGGUCAAUGUUGACUUACUGGACCAGAUGGAGUUGAUUGACAUCUCUGACCAGGAGGCUUUGGAUGUCUUCUUCAGCUCUGGAGAAGAGGGAGUGCUGACCUCCCCGCUGCCAGCCCAAGGAAACAAUAACAAUGAUGAAGUAAUCAGUAACGGACUCUUUCGACACGUCCUUGAAAGUGUUGAUACCAAGUCACGCAUGUCCUCUACAUCUUCAAACUCCUCCUCCGACAGCCAGACCACCAAUGCCAAUGGGGGAGACACCCCUGUAGUCGGCUCAGACAAUGAAGAAACCCACACCAGCACAGUCAAGAGGAGAGCUGCGCCUCCAGAAAUAGAGAAGGUCAAAACUCAGACUCCAUCAUCAUCUUCCUAGGGCGCACCCUCACCUCAAUAGAUCUCCACCUGCAGCACGGAAGCUGACACCUCGGCUGGGGGGCAAAGAGUGACACGAGCUAUUUAACGAGGCCUCUCAACUACUACUGUCUUCCGCAUACUGGCUCUUAUCACUGUUUCCAAGCUUUCCUUUGAUAUAUGAGUUGUGGGUUGGGUUCUGUGUGUGUUUUGGAGGUGGGGACCAUGAACUGUAAAUUUCUCCUUAAUUCUCAUCUGUUUCCAUUCCUGUUUUGGCUUGUUUGGAGGACAUAUGUUUCACUGUUACUGACCUCAAUGGACUUGUAGUUGAUGAAUGAUUAAUUUUGUACAGUAUUAACAGAUCCAGGACUGCAAAGCAAUGACAGGCAUAAAUUAAUAAUAUUAAUAAUUGGAUGAAGUGUGACUUCGGGUAAAUGUGGUAAAAGAAGGUGUACUGUUUUUGAAAGCUACACAUCCUGGAAAUGCAAAGUUUCUGUUUUCUAGCUUUAAAUGAAUCUCUAACAAGAUUUUUUUUUGUUUUUGUUUUGCCAAUAAAGGA